GUUCGAUUUUUCUACCAUUUCCACGGCUACCAUGUGGUUGGACUUAUAUUGAAAAUAGUCAACGUCUGUGACUCGAUUCAGAGUAAAACAACCUUGUGGAGAAAAUCUGAUACCCUUCUGGGUGGGGAAGAUGCUUGGAACAAAGUCGUGGCCGUCAUAAAUGUAACCUACAGCUACUCACUUCAAAUCAACGCCAUCUGUGGUUCGGGGAAAUACUGCAAUAUUGCUAUUGACGACAUUAGCUUGUCUCCAGAAUGCUUUGCUCAAGGUUUGUUAGAAUCGACUAACGGAAGCGCAAUGAAUGCAGCGAAAUACAAGAAAAACGCCACGUUUUACCACAAUUCUUCAACGGUCUGCUAUAGUGAUCGAGGGGAUUCCCCUUUAAUCACAGAACGCAAUGGUUCCACCCGUUUUGUUCGUCACAAUGUGUUCAAUAUGUGGCUGGUGAUCAGUAUCCUGAUAAGUCUAACAUCAAUGGUCGCCGCCUAUUUAUUCUGGAAGCGACGCCAACGCCUCAUAAUGGCCAGCCGUGUGGAACAUUUAAAAACAAUGUGCAAGCAGGCACCUAUCAUACCCCUGGCCCGUGAUGGUGAUCGUAUUGGUACGGAGAUCAACCCCACCUAUGACAUUAGCAUGAUGUACCCAGAGAGUGCCAAUAUACGUCAGUUGCCACGGAGUCACGUGUAUCUGGUCAGGCCCAUUGGUCAGGGUGCGUUUGGAGAAGUGUUCCAAGGCUACCUUAGCAAUAUUGUCCGUGGUUACCAGGAGUACCCUGUCGCCGUAAAGACUCUUCCUGCGCUGAGCACAGAACAAGCCGGACAGGAUUUCGUAACGGAAGCAAUUAUAAUGAGGUAAGUCUUAUUUUUCG